UCCAUCUCUCACUAGGUCAGUAUCUAAAAACCGGACGCCGGAGGAGAUAAAGGGAGCCAGGAAAGAGAGGGUGAGAGAGAGAGAGAGAUGAAAGUUAGAUGACCAAAGCUAAAAUAACGGUAAAUUUUAUCUCUAAACAUAAACAUGGACCGGUUUUCACCGUUGACUAAAUGUAUCAUCAUCUUCAUCCUUUUACAUGAUGCUAAUUUCAUUACCUUUAUUUAUUACUUUUAUACCAUGAUGAUGAUGAUAAAGAUGAGGAUGAUGAUGAGGAUGAUAACUAAAUUAAUAUUUCGAAAACAAUUUCUUUACUUUGAAUACGAAAUUAUUUUCUUCUCUUACCUGUUGAUCUGAUUUCUGUUGCAGUUUUUUACCGUUAUCUUCAUCAUCUUAUAUUUAUCAUCUUUCUCAUCCUUGUAAUCAACUCACUUUCAUGUUGAUUUACAAAUAGUUUGAUACGUUGACCACUUUGGAUUGAUGAUUAUUAGUUAAUUGUUGUUUCCUUUUAUUUUAUUCAUUGGGUUAAUCCAAUUAAUAACCAUUUAUGUGACAAUUAAAGGAUUUUUAUUUUGUUUCGUCCUUUUUUUUUUUAAUCAUCAUCUUAAUUAUUUUCAUCGUCAUCAGAAAUUAGUUUUAGUGUUCAAAUGGCCCUCGAAGUGAUCAGUCCAGUAUUACCCGCUCUUUUACCUCUAGCGACGGUUUUAUUGAUUCGGCAAAUUGAUCAUUCGGUUCCAGUCUCAGGUCCGACCUGGGAUCAAGUUUAUGAUUAUAUUAUCAUCGGUUCGGGUUCAGCUGGGUCAGUGUUGGCCAAUCGACUGACCGAGGAUCCAAGUAUUUCAGUUUUAGUUCUUGAAGCGGGUGGAAGUGAAUCUAUUGUGACCGAUGUCCCGCUUAGUACAACAUCGUUACAAAAGACUCCCCUUGAUUGGGCAUAUGAAACGGAACCUCAGUCUGCCUCGUGUUUUGGCCUGAGAGGUCGUCGAUCUCACUGGCCAAGAGGUAAAGUUCUUGGUGGUUCAUCAGUUCUCAAUUUUAUGCUCUAUGUGCGUGCCAAUCGUCGGGAUUACGAUAAUUGGGCUUACAACCAAGGGUGUUACGGUUGGUCAUGGGACGAAAUUUAUCCGUACUUUUUAAAAUCGGAAGAUAAUCAAGAUCCGAUUCGAGGAUCUAAACCAUGGCAUGCUCGAGGUGGUUACUUGACAGUUUCCACUCCACCUUCGCCCACUCCCUUAGCUAAAGCUUUUCUUGAUGCUGCAGGUCCGUUGGGCUAUGAAGUUCGUGACGUUAACGGACCCGUACAAACGGGUUUCAUGUACCCACAAGGUACCAUUCGUCACGGAGCUCGAUGUUCAACCGCUAAAGCUUUUCUUUUACCCGCUAAGCACCGAGCUAACCUACGACUUGUGACCUUUGCUCAAGUGACCAAAAUUUUGUUCAACGCUCACAAACGAGCAGUAGGUGUCAGAUUCAGUCACUUUGGUAUCAUGCACAAAGUAACUGCCAAACGUGAGGUCAUUGUCUCAGCGGGUGCAAUCAAUUCACCUCAGUUACUCAUGUUAUCGGGAAUCGGUCCAAGGUAUCACCUUGAAUCACUCGGUAUCCCAGUGGUUGCUGAUCUUCCGGUCGGUGAAAACCUUCAAGAUCACAUUUAUCCGGGUGGAAUUCAUUUCUCUCUCGAAGAGCCAGUCUCUAUUGUCGAGGAGCGAACCGCUAAUCCACAAAACGUUUUGACCUAUUUUACCUUCGGCAAAGGACCUUUAACCUCGCUCGGUGCCAUCGAAGGUCUUGGUUUUGUUAAUUCUCGAUUCGCAAAUUGGACCGAUGAUUAUCCGGAUGUUGAGGUUCAUUUUAUCGCUGGUGGACCAAUGUCCGACGAUGGGAAAUCCCUUCGAGAUCAAGUUGGUAUCAAGGAAGAAAUUUGGACCAAAUAUUAUCAACCUUACACGGAGAAAGAUGGAUUCUCAGUCUAUCCCGUUUUAUUGAGACCUAAAAGUCGAGGUUGGGUUCGUCUAAAAUCUCGCAAUCCAUUUGCCGCUCCUUUGAUUGACCCUCAAUAUCUAACGGCGGACAACGAUAUCCACGUGGUCGUUGAUUCAAUGAAAUUCGCGAUUCAACUUGGAUACUCACACGCAUUUAAAAAAUUUCGUCCUAAAUUAUACGAUCGCAUGUUCCCAGGAUGUGAAGAGUACCUUCAAUGGUCAUCCGAAUAUCUGGCCUGUAUCGCCCGUUCCUUCACGGCCACUAUUUAUCACCCAGUUGGAACUUGUAAAAUGGGCUCACCCCUCGACCCUUCAGCCGUUGUUGACCCUCAACUCCGAGUCCUAGGAGGUGUAAGUGGCCUAAGAGUCGUUGACGCUUCCAUCAUGCCACUAAUCGUCUCGGGAAACACCAACGCUCCAACAAUAAUGAUCGCUGAAAAAGCCGCUGAUCUAAUUAAAUCAUCUAAAUAUAAUCAUCACCUUUAAUCACUAUCAACACACAUAAUCACAAAAAAAAGACUAAAAGUUAAUCAAGUGACCAAUCAAUUAAUUGUUCAAACGGAUUAACAUGAAAAGUGCUUUAUUUUAAUGUUAACAUUUUUUGCUCAAAACCGUAAAAGACAAAAUUGAUUUAAUCAUCAACUUAAUCAUCAUCCUAAUCCGCAUCUUAAUCAUUAACUUCAUCAUCAUUAAGACGACAACCACCACAAUCAACAUGAACAAUUAAGCCUUUUGUUGAACCAGCAAUCGGAUUAAUAACAAUUUAAGAUCAAAUAAUUAAUGAUUCUAGUCCAUUAGGUCUAUCAUCAUCAUCAUCAUCAUCAUCAUCAUAAUCAUCAUCAUCAUCAUAAUCAUAAUCAUCAUUAUCGUUGGUAACAAUUAACAAAAAUCAACUUUAAAUUGCCAUCACAAUCAUUUAAUCAUCACCAUAAAUAAAUCAACAAUUUUAAAACUUUUCAAACGUUUAAAUGUUGAAGUAAAAAGUGAUUACAAUUAUAAUUAAAGAUGAAAAGAAAUUUUUUCUUCUUAUUUAUGAUUUAAUCACAAUUAACUUGUUUCUAAAUUUAAUAUUAGCCUGAAGCGAUUUGAAUUUAAUUUACCUUAAUUAGUAAACACGUCGAGUAAAAUGUUGAUUGCAAUUAAA